CAAAUAUUUUUUAAUAAAUAAUUCUUAUACAGAUGUAUAUUUUCUGGGUACCACAAUAAAAAUUGUAUAUAAUUCUGAUUUUGGAGUAUACGAGCAAUUCGAAGUUAAAGAAAGUCAAGAACAUAAAAUCGACAAAAUCUCUUUAUUUUUACUUGCCCCACAUCCUAUCCUUGAAACUCAGUUAAAUUCCAUUGCCGUUUAUAUUUUCAAGUACGCACCUCUUGAUCUAUAAGAUUAUAAUGUAUUAUAUGUCUUAUUUGUUCAAAGUUUGGUCGGCUAAUAGAAAACAAAAAAUCUCAUUAGUAAUUAAUCAAUCUGAUACUAUGUUAUCUGAACUUAUUGCAAAAAGUAACAGCAAGCUUGGUAUUAACGGUUCAACUCUUGUUAUGGAAAAAGAUGGUACAAAUAUUGACGAUAAUGAUGUUUUAAAGUUUUGUUCUGGCGAAACUUUUAUGUUAUUGCAAGCAGAAGAAUUUUGGUUACCUCAAAAUGAAACAGAAUUACACAAUAUGGCAUCCUGCGAUACCCUAAGUGUAGAUUCCAUGUCUACUUUUUCAUCCUCAUCAAGUACACGACAUCUUUCAUCGCCAAAAACUGUAUCACAUAAUGUACAAUUGAAUAAUAAUGACGUUUGGACAAGCUUUCGUAUACCUUGGCACAAUUUGGAAUCUACAGUGCUUAAAGAAUUAGAAGCAGGAAAUCGCAACAAAUAUAUAAUACAUGCUGUUGUAAAUCGUAUCCGAGAUGAGAAAUGUGCAAGAAUUCAUUCCAUCCAAGGCAUUCAAAAUCACAGCUAAAAAGGUCAUCGAAAAGUAUCCUCAAACAUUCAAGGAUAUGGAUGAAGAAGGUAAAAGUUUCGGAGAUGGAAGUUAUACAUUAUACUUAAAACUUCGUGAUAGAAAUUGCUAUCUUAAUAGACCACACAUGAAAAGAUCUUUAAGCCGUAGUUUAAACAUACCAUUAAAAAAACAACGAAAAGUUUUAUCUGCUAAAGCUGGAUGCAGCAAUUGGCAGCCUGACAAUUAUGU